AUACCCCAGGUGCCAUUCUGUUCACACAGAUAUACCCCAGGUGCCUUUCUGUACAGACAAAUAUCCCCAGGUGCCUUUCUGUAUACACAAAUAUACCCCAGGUGCCUUUCUGUAUACACAGAUAUGCCCAAGGUGCCUUUCUGUUCACACAAAUAUACCCCAUGUGCCUUUCUGUACACACAAAUAUACCCCAGGUGCCUUUCUGUAUACACAAAUAUACCCCAGGUGCCUUUCUGUAUACACAGAUAUGCCCAAGGUGCCUUUCUGUUCACACAAAUAUACCCCAGGUGCCUUUCUGUACACACAAAUAUACCCCAGGUGCCUUUCUGUACACACAGAUAUAUCCCAGGUGCCUUUCUGUUCACACAAAUAUACCCCAGGUGCCUUUCUGUACACACAAAUAUCCCCAGGUGCCUUUCUGUAUACACAAAUAUACCUCAGGUGCCUUUCUGUAUACACAAAUAUACCCCAGGUGCCUUUCUGUAUACACAGAUAUGCCCAAGGUGCCUUUCUGUUCACACAAAUAUACCCCAUGUGCCUUUCUGUUCACACAAAUAUACCCCAGGUGCCUUUCUGUUCACACAAAUAUACCCCAGGUGCCUUUCUGUAUACACAAAUAUACCCCAGGUGCCUUUCUGUAUACACAGAUAUGCCCAAGGUGCCUUUCUGUUCACACAAAUAUACCCCAGGUGCCUUUCUGUACACACAAAUAUACCCCAGGUGCCUUUCUGUACACACAGAUAUAUCCCAGGUGCCUUUCUGUAUACACAGAUAUACCCCAGGUGCCUUUCUGUAUAUACAAUGAUACCCAAGGUGCCUUUCUGUACACACAAAUAUACCCCAGGUGCCUUUCUGUAUACACAGAUAUGCCCAAGGUGCCUUUCUGUUCACACAAAUAUACCCCAUGUGCCUUUCUGUUCACACAAAUAUACCCCAGGUGCCUUUCUGUUCACACAAAUAUACCGCAGGUGCCUUUCUGUAUACACAGAUAUAUCCCAGGUACCUUUCUGUACACACAGAUAUACCCCAGGUGCCUUUCUGUACACACAAAUAUACCCCAGGUACCUUUCUGUAUAUACAAUCAUACCCAAGAUGCCUUUCUGUACACACAGAUAUACCCCAGAUGCCUUUCUGUAUACACAAAUAUACCCCAGGUACUUUACUGUACACAUAAAUGUACCUGAAAUACCUUUCUGUACACAUAGAUAUACCCCUGGUGUCUGAAUGUAUACACAAUUAUACCCAAGCUUCCUGACUGUAUACAAAGAUAUAGCCUAGGUAUCUAAAUGUAUACAGAAAUAUACUCCAGGUUCAUGACUGUAUUCAUUCUUAUACCCCAGGUGUCUAAAUAUAUACAUUAAUAUACCCCAGCUUCCUAACUGUGAUACAUAAAUAUAACACAGGUACCUGACUGUAUACGUAAAUAUACCCCAGGUUCCUGACUGUAUACCUAAAUAUGUCCACAGGUUCCCGACUGUAUACAUAAAUAUACCCCAGGCGUCUAAAUGUUAACAUAAAUAUACCCCAGGUUCCUGACUGUAUACAUAAAUAUAACCUAUGUGUCUAAAUAUAUACAUAAAUAUACCCCAGCUUCCUAAAUGCGAUACAUAAAUAUACCCAAGGUUCCUGACUGUAUACAUAAGUAUACCCCAGGUACCUGACUGUAUACGUAAAUAUACCCCAGGUUCCUGACUGUAUACCUAAAUAUACCCCAGGUUCCCGACUGUAUACAUAAAUAUACCCCAGGUGUCUAAAUGUAUACAUAAAUAUACACCAGCUUCCUAACUGUGAUACAUAAAUAUACCCCAGGUACCUUGCUGUAUACAUAAAUAUACCGCCUCUGUGUAGGUAAUAUUUCUGGUAUUGAGACAUUGAUAUAAUUUUACCAGGUUUGAGCAAUAUUGAGCACUUAAACAUCUGACAGUCCCUGGAAAGCCGAACUCAUAAUUCGAGAGGUCCUGCUGUUGCCAAAUCGAUGGAGUGACCGUGAUACAUACCGCUUUAGGAUAUAAACGAGUCACACAGAAAUAAAUUAAUAGAAAUACGCUCAUAAAUACGAUAUAAACGAGCUAUUCAGAAAUAGAACAAAUACACAGAAUGCUUCUUUGAUAGGCACGCUCUUAAUUGUAAUAAAGAAGUUGUUCAUCCAUAAAUUCUUAUCCUUACAUAGAAUGCAUUAAACAAAAAUACAGUAAUCUCCAAUCACAAUUAAUCAGUUGAAACAGGCAGAAAAUACCAUUAACGGAACGAAAAUGUCCAGUCUGCCUGCCGUGUGACACAGGAGAGGGUAGAUGUCCUUCGUUUGAAAAUGUCCACUCUGCCUGCCGUGUGACACAGGAGAUGUGGGUAGAUGUCCUUCGUUUGAAAAUGUCCACUCUGCCUGCCUGCCGUGUGACACAGGAGAUGUGGGUAGAUGUCCUUCGUUUGAAAAUGUCCAGUCUGCCUGCCGUGUGACACAGGAGA